AUGUUAUACGGUCAGAAUCUACGAAUUGCGCUCCGAAACACAUCCCGAAGUUCUCUUAGACAAAGCUCGAAUACUACCAGCAGACUCUAUAGUACUUCGAGACGAUUUCAGCUUUCUGCGAGCACGUCACCAUGUUUGCGACCCUAUCUUCCUGCACACGCGAUACCCGGUAGCUCGAAGUUUUCCACGUCCCCUGCCCGCCGGAAAGAAGCCAUAAAGAGUCCGAAAGAUGCAGCAGAGGAAAACUCGGAGGAAAAUGCAAAAGACAAAGCUGAGAACGUCAAGGAAAAGAGUGAAGAGGCCGUGGUAGAGAGCAAGAGCAAAAGCCCCGAGUCAUCGCCCGCGAGUGGCAAUGCUUCAUCUGGAAAGCCCGUCGACGGCCGAGGUAGCAGUGCAUCCUCGGGAGGUGCAGGUGAUUCUGGCAGCGGUGAUGGGGGGAAGAAGGGACGCAAACCGUCUAUUGAAAAAGCUUUGCAGAAGGCUACCGUUCCGGACGUUUACCCUCAGGUCAUGGCAAUCCCAAUUACAAAACGACCUCUCUUCCCUGGGUUUUAUAAAGCAGUUACGGUUCGGGAUCACAAUGUAGUUGCUGCCAUACAAGAGAUGAUCAAGAGGGGGCAGCCAUACAUCGGAGCUUUUCUGUUCAAAGACGAGAAUGCGGAUGGAGAUAUAAUCGAGAACAUGGACGAUGUUCAUGAUGUUGGUGUUUUUGCUCAGAUUACCAGCGCAUUUCCUGUUCACGGCGACGAAAACGCCCUCACAGCUGUUUUAUAUCCUCACCGGCGGAUAAAAAUGUCUGCUCUCAUCAGUCCUGCCAGUGCCGAUGUCAAGAAGCCAGAUACUCCUGCGGAUCCUGCGGAUCCUGCAGUAGUGCCCGAUGUGAUUCCACCGAAGCCAGAAGAAAAGAAGGGUGAUGUGGUUGCCAGUUUUGAGGAGGGUGCAGUGCAGCAAAAGUCAACAGAAACAACACCGCCAUGGGAGCCAACAGCGUUCUUGCGGAAUUCUCCCAUCAGUCUCGUCAAGGUGGAGAACCUUGUCGAAGAACCUCAUGAUCCCAAAAGCCCCAUUAUUCGAGCUGUCACCAACGAGAUUGUCAACGUCUUCAAGGAAGUUGCAAGCCUCAACAGCUUGUUCCGAGACCAGAUCUCGACCUUCUCGAUGAGCCAGUCUGCUGGCAACGUCAUGCAAGAGCCAGCAAAACUUGCCGAUUUUGCUGCAGCGGUCUCUGCUGGAGAAGUCCCUGAGCUUCAAGACAUCCUGGAGACAUUGAAUGUUGAAGAGAGAUUACAGAAAGCCUUGGUCGUCCUAAAGAAGGAGCUUAUGAAUGCUCAGCUCCAAUCGAAAAUCUCCAAGGAUGUCGAGAGAUCCAUCCAAAAACGUCAACGAGAAUACUUCUUGAUGGAACAAAUGAAAGGAAUCCGCAGAGAGCUCGGUAUUGAAUCUGACGGCAAAGAUAAGCUGGUUGAAAAGUUCAGAGAAAAGAGCUUGAAACUGGCCAUGCCAGAGGCAGUUAAGAAAGUUUUCGAUGAUGAACUUAACAAGCUGGCGCAUCUAGAACCUGCCGCCUCGGAGUUCAAUGUGACGAGAAAUUAUCUGGAUUGGUUAACGCAAAUCCCAUGGGGCCAAAGAAGCGCAGAGAAUUUCGGAAUCAAUAACGCCAUGACUGUUUUGGAGGAAGAUCACUACGGACUAAAGGAUGUCAAAGAUCGUAUACUGGAAUUCAUCGCGGUGGGAAAGCUGCGAGGGACAGUCGAGGGCAAAAUAUUAUGUUUUGUUGGCCCACCUGGUGUCGGCAAAACGAGUAUUGGAAAGAGUAUUGCCAGGGCGCUCAACAGGCAGUACUACAGAUUCAGUGUUGGAGGUCUCACAGAUGUUGCCGAGAUCAAGGGCCACCGAAGAACAUACGUCGGGGCCUUACCCGGUCGAAUCAUUCAAGCGUUGAAGAAGUGCCAGACUGAGAAUCCAUUGAUAUUGAUUGAUGAGAUCGAUAAAAUUGGUAGGGGACAUCAAGGCGACCCAGCGUCGGCACUGUUGGAGCUGCUUGAUCCCGAGCAGAACAACUCGUUCUUGGACCAUUAUCUCGACGUGCCCGUCGAUCUCUCCAAGGUCCUCUUCGUCUGUACGGCAAACAUGACUGAUACAAUCCCUCGACCACUCCUCGAUCGAAUGGAGAUGAUCGAGCUCUCUGGUUAUGUCGCUGAUGAGAAGAUGGCGAUUGCCGAAAGGUAUCUUGGACCUGCUGCAAAAGAAUUGGCAGGUCUGAAGGACGUCGAUGUCAAUCUUACUAUGGAAGCUAUUAAGGAGCUGAUCAAGUCCUAUUGUCGAGAAUCUGGAGUUCGAAAUUUGAAGAAGCAGAUUGAAAAGGUGUAUCGCAAGUCGGCACUGAAAAUUGUGCAAGACCUUGGCGAAUCUGUUCUCCCCGAAGAAGAGGCUUUGACUGAAGAAGGCAAAGCGGCAAUGGAGGAAUCGAAGAAGGAUGAGACCGAUGUUAAGGAGACGCCAGAGAAUAUCGAGAAGGAAACUACUGAAACCCCGAGAGUCAGUCUUCAUGUCCCAGAUACGGUCCAUGUUACCAUCGAUCAGGAUAACCUGAAGGAUUAUGUCGGUCCUCCAGUAUUUACAUCUGAUCGCCUGUAUGAUGUAACGCCGCCAGGAGUAGCAAUGGGUCUUGCUUGGACGCAGAUGGGCGGAGCUGCUCUCUAUGUUGAGUCUAUUUUGGAAAGCGCUUUGACUUCUGACUCCCGUGCUGGUUUAACGACGACGGGGAAUUUGAAAUCGGUUAUGAAGGAGUCGACAAGUAUUGCCUAUUCAUUCGCGAAGUCGGUGAUGGCCAAACAGUUCCCCGAGAACCAUUUCUUCGAUAAAGCUAAAUUGCACCUUCACUGCCCCGAAGGAGCAGUCCAGAAAGACGGACCAUCCGCCGGCAUUACAAUGGCGACCUCUUUGCUCUCGCUGGCUUUGGACAAGCCACUAGAUCCAACCAUCGCAAUGACUGGUGAGUUGACGGUUACUGGUAAGGUUUUGAGAAUUGGGGGUCUUCGUGAAAAGACUGUUGCCGCUCGACGCGCGGGAUCAAAGAUGAUCAUCUUCCCAGACGACAACAUGUCAGACUGGCUUGAACUACCAGACAACAUAAAAGAGGGCAUCGAAGGACACCCAGUAAAAUGGUUUUCUGAUGUGUUCGAUUUGGUGUUUCCAAAUCUGGACAAGGACGUAGCCAACAACCUAUGGAAGGAACAACUCACGAAACCAAAGAAAGAAAAAGAGGGCGAGGACGACGAUUGA